GGGGUUGCAUAGUAGUGAAGAGGUGGUUGAGCCGUUAUGGGCGUUGAUAGACGGGUGUAUUGCAAGCCCUCUACCUUCUGUUUACUUCUCUCCACUAUCAAUUGCCACUCACUUCAAUUGCAGUUUCUUCUCAUAUACGAGUGAUCCCUCGAGCAACGGCGCCUGCCAGAUCCAUCAAUGACCCUGCGGAAGGAGUACGAAUGCGAGCAUUUCACCCUCUUUCAUCCUCCAUCCACCUCUUUUCCACGGCAUGUCCAAGUCGCAUCUUAGAAACAUUGCGCACGCCACACAAAUCCCAAUCCGCAAACAUGCUCGCCCGCUCGCACAGCACAAACACCACCCGCCUCCACCGAGCCAAAUCCAGCUCAUCAACGCACACCGAUCCCUUCUUGAGCCGACAGCAAGCUGAACACGCCGCCGUUGAAGCCUACCAACGAGCCCGGCAGCAAGGAGACGAGCCGCAUGUCUCCCCUGCCGCUUAUCGGCCUGCGCCGCGGAGGUUGGAGCGCAGACGAAGUCAGAUUACGGGCAAGACGGAGGGGAGCCAUUUCGAGGAGGCUAGGCUUGGUCGACGGAAGUCAGGGCAUGCGGGGAAGAAAGAUCACGCUUCUGCUGUGGUUUCGUCUUCUGCUUCUGCGUCUUUGAAGACGGGAUUCGGAGGGGUUGGACCACGUGAGAAGCGAGAUAGUGUUGUUAAUGUCGAUGGUGGGAGUGAAGAGGUUGUUGUCACUCGGAGGCGGUCGGUGAUUCAACCGUCAGCGAGGAUAGCUCCUGAAGCUGGUGGGAAUCACUCUUUGCCUCCGUCGUCAACGCGAGUGCAGCGAAAAGCGCAGACGGAGUACUCUGACGGCAGUCCGCUUCCGCGUCACCAUGGCCGACAUCAUCCGCCUACCUUGCAAUGUCGGCCUUCUCCCCAUGGCGGGUAUAGCGACAACCUCGUCGGUCUCACAGAUUUCGGCCACUGUGUGGAAGCCGUGAAAGCCCACACCACGUCUGAUCCAAUCAUUCCACUGACCUCCGAGGAGCUGGCUUUGGAACGAGACAAGAUCUUCCAGGACUUCCAUCGAAGGACCAAGCUACGAGAGCGGACGUCGUUCAUCCUCGCUCCAUUUCAAAAGCGUCAAGGAUCCAGCAUCGGCAAGGGGGGUUUGAGUGGUUACGAUACCAAACUGCCGCCGUUCAAUUUUGCCGAUGAUGGCGCACCCCCGCUGCCCUCUUCUUCACCACCGCCUGUUCCACACACGGAGAUUGCGGUAGACAGGAAGAAACGCAGCUUCUCCAACUCCCUCAAAGGCCAUUUCAUGAAGGUGUUCAGAAAGCCGUCUCGCAUCCCCAGUGGACUGCCAGCCCAACACGUCGAGGGGAGGCACUUCCACUUGAAGACCGAGAUCAUCUCUUCUUCUGAAAGGUCAUCCGAAGUGGAAGAGGCCACGGAUCCGUUUGCAACAUUCAGCCAGCAACUGUACCAAGCACCUACACCAGACGUACCAGUCGGAAGUGGAUCCAGCCGGACUGCCUCGACCGCUGCUGGCACAUGGAGUACUCGCAACGGGACCGACUUUGGGAGUGUGCUUGGUGAGAGCACUCAGCUAAGACGAAGCGACAGCGUAUCGACGCUCCGCAAAGCAUCGUCGUUCUUGAAUCACUCCGUGAAGAGUCGGCUUCGUCGACCGAGUCAGGCGGACUUGCUGGCCUCGGAGGAGAGUGCCGGCUUAUUCUCUGCUUUACAGGAGCGUAUGCAACCGUCAGAAGAUCCCAUGGACCGGGAUGAGGAACCCACGCCUAUGAAGCCAGGCUCGGCGAUUGCUACUCUUCCAUCCCAGCAAAAGGUACACUCCCACUCAUCACGGCUAGGUCGUUGGGCAGCUCCGACGAUCCGCCCCGUCAGUCCAGAUAGACAACCGUCGAAGCUCCACAUUCCUUCGCCAGUAGCAGAAGUGCUGAGUCCGGAUGCGGCACCGCGGUCAUACACUAAGACGAGUGGAGCUCAAGACGAUGGACAGACGGAUUCCACACCACGCAGCCAGUUGCAGCGACGACCAGCGAUGAAAGCUUCUACUCCAUCCCAAGAGCAAAUCGCCAGACGCGUCGAGCGAUCCCGAAAUAGAUGGCAAGGCCCGCUCGACGAAAUCUCGCCUCCCGCGCUGCGAACAAGGACGACGGCAAUGACAGAAGACAAUCCAUAUGUCCUUCGAUCAUUGAGCCAAGCGCUGCAGCAUCCUCAAGGGGUCCACGACUUGCCUCAUCACGCUGAAGUUGGUGUCUUACCAGCGUUGAGCCGUGAGAAGAUCCUCUCGCCCAGUAUUUACUCUCAGGGAUCGAACGAGUCAACGCCGCGUCAAGGUGCGCCGCUUGGCGAGGAAGGCAAGACCAAGGUGACGAUUACGAGCCGAGAGGUGAGGAGCUAUUCCAUAUCGCCUGCAAAGCGGGCGCCGGAUGGUCACCAACGUAGUCAAGGUAGUCAAGAUUGGCGACGUUGGCUGUCAAACGAAAUGAGUGCGUUAGAAGCUGGCUCGGGUGGCGAAGGGCUUUCGAUGCCGCAAAGCUUUCCAGAAAGUGGCGGUAUUGGAAGAGACGUUGAUCUCGGUGUCCCAGUCCCACCAAGCAUCGCUGUUUCUCAACGUUCCGCCUCGCAUGCCGCUUCUCUGGCACCCUGUGACGGCAUAGCCAACAAGCCCGAGGACAAGCCACCAACACUUUCGACCACCGACAUCACAGUACAACAACGCAAAGCAUACCAACCCAAGUCCGCUUUCGAACUACGCGCGAAAUACAAAAACAACCACUCACAGAGAGCAAGGCCGAUCGAGGUGCGGCGUAAACCUACCACCAUCAGCGACAACAUUCUAAGAGAAGACGUCUAUCUCCUCGAAGACACGACUAUCCAGAACAUCUCCGCAGGGCCAUACGCUUCUCAACAUGAGCAGCGACUCGCAUCGUCGGGCAACCAUGCCAGCGCGAACAAGGAGAACUCGCCAUUGGAGAGCGGCGGUGCUACAUUGCGGGCAACGUCGAGCUCGCAGUGGCUUGCAGCCGGUAGUGGCAAGCAGCAACAGCAGGCCAGGGCUGUGUCGAGGAAGCUCAUGACGACAGGCGACGGAGAUGAGAGGGCUGUGAAGCGCUCGCCUUCAUCUACGACGGCGUACGCUGGGACUAAGUCCGGGGCAGGAGAAGGAGCAGGAACAGGAGGCUCCUCGCCUGGCCAAAGACUUGUGACGAACUGGCUAGACGGGCGGAAGUCGAGAGAAGAUUCGCCGAUUUUCGUGUGACUUGUUAGUCAGGCAGUCGGGGUGUGUUGGAGUUGCGCUCUAUUUCUACGAUGAAGUGUAGUCGAGAUCGAGAGGAUUAGCCAAGCGCGGAACAAGGCCGACGUGGGCGCGCAAUUUGCCGACAUUAUGAGGUAAGCAGAAUCAAGAAUCAGCUAAUUGCCGCAAAACAUCCCUUCCCAAUCGCCAUAUCGGGGCGUAGCUACAUUGGGAGGAGAGGAUGUUUGUAAUACACGUAAGACGCAAAGGGCCAAGACGACGGGCAAUGACAUCAGACGAUGAUAAAAAUGGCGUGGUCGCCUCUCUGUUCAUCCAGCAACCGGCAUUUC